GGAGACCACACCGUGCUCUGAUUGGUCGGCGCAUUGUGUGCUGGGCGGAGUUAAUAUACAUCGGAUGGGAACCUAUCGUAUUAAUUUGAGAAUCAGUUUCCAGCACUCUUCACAGAGAACCUCAGGAUGUCUACAACAAACUGUUCAGAGCUGGACCUGGAGCUGGGAGAGCUGCUGCAGGAGUUUAAUGAUGUUGUGAAGGAGCUGAGCACACCUCACGCCUCUGAACAUGUGCUGAGAGACGUACAGAGACACACAGCACUGAGGGACGCAGACGACUCAGACUACUGCAGCGAAGCUUCGCUGGUAAACAGCUUGAAUGCCAGUCAAGAGGAGCUCAACAUCCCAAGCAUGACUACAGCCCCAAAAGCCAGGCUCGGGGACACCAGUGACCUACAGAGCUUCAUUGAAAACCUGGACAGAGAGCUUGCAGAGAUGUGAGAUGACGGGACACACGUGAUCACCUGAAGAGCUGGCAUUUAGCGAAGCGUGAUCUCUGCUUCCACACACAGAAAUUAGGCUGAAGAAAAACAGCUUGAAGGAUUCACUUUUCCCCCUUCACUAAGAAUCAAGAGCUCAUGGAGUCUUUUUAAUUUGUCAAGACCCUUUGGAAGAAUUACCAAGUUUCUCAGAAGUUGUUUUAUUUAAUACAUUUAUAUGAAAAGCACAAUGCCUUGUAAAUUAUGAUGAUUAAUGUUAAUACAUAAUGUUCACUUUUUUAAGACUGUAAAAAUAUUUUUACCAGGUUCAGGGUAAUGUGUAAUUUUAAUUUAACCUUGUAAAGAAGUUUU